UUCCUCCAACACGCUCACUCAACAUGCAGCUUGUAAUCUUUGCCGCCUUGGUCGCCCUGGCCGCUUCAGCACCUCGCCCCGACUCACCAGAGAAAACAGCAACUAUCUUGAGGGAUGAUCGCAUUACCGAGGACGAUGGAAGGUACAAUUUUGAAGUAGAGACUAGCAACGGCAUAGUUCUCUCUCAGUCCGGCUCACCAGUAGCUCAGGGCGCAAUCGGCAAAUCAGGACAAUACUCCUUCACAUCUCCUGAGGGAGUGAAAGUGACUCUGAAGUUCGUGGCCGACGAGAACGGCUAUAAGCCAGAGUCUCCUUUCCUCCCAGUGGCUCCAGAGUUCCCACACCCUGUCCCCGACUACGUGCUGCGCCAGAUCGAAUUCGCCGCUGCUGAAGAUGCUGCCCGCGCUCGCGGUGAAAAAGUUUAGUAUUGCAAGUAGACACUGAACAAGUGGCGACCCAUGAUGACCCACCAUGGGCAACGACCUCAUCUGCCCUCAUGACUAAAGGAUGGCUGUAGAAAACCUCCUGUGUGAACUCUAAACAAUGUGUAUUUGUGCCUUUAGGGAUUCUAUUUAUUAUGAGUGAAAUUUAGAAUGAAAAGCAUUUGUGGUUUUUUGUGUACCUUCUUAAUCCAGACAUUAGUAUGCUGAAAAGAGACAAAUCUGUAAAUCCGUGUGAGUGUACCAAAUCUCUUACUUUGUACAUUUCUGUUAAUAUCACAAACACAUACACAUACGUACAAUGAACACAAUACAUCACACAUACCUAAAACAAAUAUACAUCACUGCUCACAAAUGCAUGUACCUAAGCGAGCACUCACGCAUGCAAGCACACCAGCACAAGUAGGAAAAAUAUAAUACAACGAAUACAGUUGACGAUAAAAAUCGCAGAAUCAAAGAAAUUAUAUGCGGUAGACAUAAACAUCCAGAAGUAAAAUGAGACGAAAUCCGUUCAAGAAGAGAAACAGAGCUCGUCACUGAUAUUAAUGAAUCUUAAGAUCCAGAUGAGACAACACCAUGACUUUUGACAGAGAGCAAAACAUCAAAGUUAUCCGCAAUGGAUUAUUUUCGAGACCAGUAUAAAAAAAAGCUAAUUGAUAAAUCUUACACACACAAAAAAGAGAGUCAUUGAAUAUGUGCCUGUCUCACUAACAAGUGAUGUCACAACACUGGACAAACAACCAGAGAAAAGAUCACGAUCUGGACAGCUACACCUGCAAAUUAUAAAAUGGUUUGGUCUCCGAUGAGAAAAAUCUUAAAUAUUUACUCUAAUAUAAUAAUCACAAAAUUAAAGAACAGAAUGAGAAGGAUGAUUUUUUUAAUGAGACUAAUUAAAGUAUUCUACUGAGCACCUCAGGAAAACGGAUUUAGAAACUACAAUAUAUGGAGCAGAAGAAUAAAACAAUAUUACGAUGGAGAAAAAAUUAUUUCACGAGACAAAGAGAAACACAUGAUAAAGACAACGGUCUUGGGGAAGGUUAGGUUCGAGGGAAUAAAAAAGUAUAUCACCAGAAAACCGAAUAAAGAAAAAAGUAUAAUACCAGAAACCAGUACAAAGGAGAAAGACAUUUUCUGAAAGGAAUUGAGCAUAAUUAUAUACCCAGGAAUUAGCAGACAGGAUCGAACCUCCCGCUGAAUAAUCUACACGAGUUAAACAAGUCACCAAGAAUUAACUAGAGUAUAAAUUCACGAAUAGUGAUAAGACAAUGUUUUCUUUAAAUAUUGGAACAAACCGUCAUAUUAAGUUGAGAAAUGGUGUCCACACCUCAAACAUCAUACACUCUUAAAAUUUGAAUUAAUCUGGAUUUAAAAAGUGAAAUCUAAUUAUCA